CCGGGAGAGCGUUUGCAGCUUGGGGAAGCGCCCCAGUGGUGAAACCCUGUGGAAAGGCGGGUCGGUGAGGCAGGGACUGAGGAUGGGCUUUAGGUGCCAGGAAGUCUGGACGAAUGGGCUUUAGGUGCCCCUGCAAGGAAAUUUGGACGAAUGGGCUUUACGUGCCCCUGCAAGAAAGUCCGGACGAGCAGGCUGCAGGACAGUGGAGAUGGAGAGGAGUUCCUAGCCUGACUGUGGAGGUGGGGAGAAGAGCCUGCAGCCAAAUGGGCUCUAAUGUAGGUGCAGGAGAACUCGCCGGCCCAGCAGGCGGGCCUGGAGCCUUACUUUGACUUCAUCAUCACCAUUGGGCACUCGCGGCUGAACAAGGAGAAUGACACGCUGAAGGCGCUGUUGAAAGCCAAUGUGGAAAAGCCCGUGAAGUUGGAGGUGUUCAACAUGAAGACCAUGAAGGUGCGCGAGGUAGAAGUGGUGCCCAGCAACAUGUGGGGCGGACAGGGCCUGCUGGGCGCCAGCGUUCGCUUCUGCAGCUUUCGCAGGGCCAGUGAGCACGUGUGGCACGUGCUGGAUGUGGAACCCUCUUCACCUGCUGCUCUUGCUGGCCUGCGCCCUUACACAGACUAUGUGGUUGGCUCAGACCAGAUCCUCCAGGAGUCCGAAGACUUCUUUUCUCUCAUCGAGUCCCAUGAGGGGAAGCCCUUGAAGCUGAUGGUUUAUAACUCCGAGUCUGACUCCUGCCGGGAGGUGACUGUAACUCCCAACGCAGCCUGGGGUGGAGAGGGCAGUCUAGGGUGUGGCAUCGGCUAUGGGUAUCUACACCGGAUCCCCACCCAGCCCUCCAGCCACAAGACGCCACCUGUUGUUCCAACACCUGGCACCCCACUGCCCGGCACCCCACCACCUGGUGCCCCACUUCCUCGCGCCUCGAUGCCUGGCACCCCACCACCUGGCGCCCCACCACCUGGUGCCCCACCACCCGGUGCCCUGUCACCUGAUGCCCCGCUACCUGAUGCCCCACCACCUAUUGUCCUGCCACCUGGUGCCCCGCUACCUGAUGCCUCACAACCUGGUGCCCCAUCACCUGGGCCCACCCCUCAGGAUUCUUCUGGCCUGGACCUAGGUUCCAGGCAGAAUGACUACAUGGAGGCCAUGCUACAAGUACCUGGCUCCCUCAUGGAUGGACAGCUCCCCAGGUCUGGAAGUCCCAGCCACAGUGCUCCAGACUUUGGGGGACUUCCACAUUCCAUGGAGAUUUCUCUUCAGCCUCCACCUCCAGUGCAGCGAGUCAUGGAUCCAGGUUUCCUGGAUGUGUCAGGCAUUUCCCUCCUGGAUGGUAGCAAUGCCAGUGUGUGGCCCAGCCUGUCCUCCUCCACAGCGCCGACUACCAUAGCCAACUCAAAUGUAGGACCAGAGGAUGUUGGUUCCAGCAGCAAUUCUCAUGAGCAGGGUGGUGAGGCCACAUGGUCUGGGUCAGAGUUUGAAGUCUCCUUCCUGGAUAGUCCGGGUGUCCAGGCCCAGCCAGACCACCUGCCUCAGCUGACUCUUCCCGACAGCCUCACCUCUGCAGCCUCGCCAGAAGAUGGGCUGUCUGCUGAGCUGCUAGAAGCUCAGGCUGAGGAGGAGCCUGCAGUCACAGAGAGCGCAGACUUCAGGGCAGAGGCUGAGAAGCCAGCCAGCCAGGCCCAGAUAUCUUCCCCAGAAUUACAACCAGGGCUGUGAUAAGGUCUCUGAUGAUAUUUCAUGAGGUCCAGAUGUGGGCAAGCAGCCCAGCUCCAUGCCUGACUCUAGCCUUGUGUGUUCCACUUUCUAGGCUGCAGUUCCAAGUGAUGUGCAGGGACCUCUGUUGGCAGGGUUUUGUGUCUUCUUUGAGCCUCCUUGGGGUCUUUAGGAGAUGACCUUGAAGCACUUACACUGUGUGAUGGUCCUGGCUUGGAAACUUUCAAGCAAAUACUUUUGGGGUGUUAGAGGGCUGGGAGCAACACUCCAGCUUAAUGUUUUCCAGGAGCUGUGAUGGUAAAGGAGGGGAUUCUUUGCUGCUUUGGAGGGACAUGAAAGCUGACUUGGUAGUGAGAGAACGCCAUGCACCCUCAGGACCAGUGCCUGUUCUGGUCACUCGGGUUACCCAGGAGGCAGCAGGGUCUAGACAUGUUCCAGUAUGAGGUCAGGUGAGGGAGGAAGGGGUUGUUUCAGUUGUUGCCUGAUGCUUUGUAGGGCUUGCCUUGAUCCUGCCUGCACAGCCCGGCUAGCCCAUCUGUACUGAAAGGGACCCAAGCCCAGGACUCCACCCUGCCAGUCACAAUCACUGAUGACUCCCUCAUGUGCCCUCAUGCACUACAGUGCAACAUUUGGCUCAGGCUGGCUGGUGUGCCCCACCGCUGGAGGAGAGAGGCAGUGCACUUGCCUCUCUUUUAGUGAGGGUUUGAAUAUUCUAGGCUCUUCCGCAGAGACCCAGCUAUACCUGCACCACAUUUGUUCUUCCCCAGGGCCUGCAUGCCACACAUCUAGUAUUCUAGUGGCAACUCCUGUCGGCUCCCAGACUUACGCAAUGAUCUCUGAUAUUCAAAGCAUCCAGCCCUAAUGAUGAAUAAAAGUUGCAAAUUAAGCUCACUGUCCUAUGUAAACUCUCAGUCAGUCCACCUCACUAGGUCUCUUCAACACCUAAAGCUCCAUCCCAAGAGUCAAUCAGGGGCCUAGAAAGGCCCUUCUGUCCUUUUCUGUAGUAUGUGGGAACAGUUUUCUCCACCCCCUGGUGCCUUUGUAGGCUAAGACUAGGUUAGGUCUACCCUGCUCAGCUCCUGCAGAAGGGGAUGGCUCUAUCCAGGGAUAGCCUCUCAUCAACUGAAAUCCUCUGAUGCUCUGACCCAAGGCCCUCACUCCCGACGCUAAUUACUUCCUUGACAAUUACCGUGAAAGCUGCCUAUGGCCUUGUCUUCUAGCCUUUAUCUCGUUUCUAGAGUUUCGCUAUUGCAGUUCCAUUUGUAUAAUGUGUGUAGGAUGGUGAACACAGGAAAUUCAGUUCUGUCAGGCCUACGGGACAAGGACUGGGGAGCAUAGACCAAAUUAUAUGGAGGAACUAGGGCCCCAAAUUAGCAAAAGUUUCAAGCACUGUGACUACAUUUAAAGCCAACCCUUGUCAAGCCUACCAGAGCAGCUGAUAAGUCUGCAGAACAGUGAGGCAUUGUGUCCUGGACUGUCUGGGAGCCCAGUGUCAGUCUGUAGGAAUGCAGGAAGUAGAACAGAACCGCCACAGGACUGUCUCGGGGCCAGCUUUCCUUAGCUCUGUAGCCUGGCAGUCUGACCCACAGUUGCUCUCACUGGAAGGUUAUAGCUCCUCCUCCCCUCUCCUUUCUCUUCCCGUCUAAACUGGGGGAUAAAAUGGUAUCAGUGCUAAUGAUUUCCAGGGUGAACAUGAAACCAGAAGUUUCCUUCUCUGUAAUUUGCUAUGAAGGAAAACGCAAGUGAAAAAAAUAAAUAUGUACUACACCUUGAAA